GCGGCUGCGUCAGUUGCUGCAGCCCCAAGUGCCAACAGCAGGAGGUGGCAGGACAAGUCAGGUCCCCCAAGCCCCCAUGCCACCCCAAGAGCUGGCGAUACCUUGCAAGAGUGGGGCCCUCCUCCUCCAGCUCUAACAUCCUCUGUCCACGGGUAAGAUUUCUGAAUUGUAAAGACCUCCUCCACAGUGCAUCUAGGAGAGCCUGGGACUGGCUGCUGCUGCUGCUGCUGCAGUGCUCACAGAGAGCGAGACACAGACAGGAGGAGGACCAAGUGCUUGAAGAGGAACUAGGAGAAACUGCUGAAUUUGUCCAAGUGCUGCUGGACGCCAAUAUGCUUGGAAGUCGCAGCACCCUCUAUUCCUGGAAUCCUCUGACCCUAAUUCCAUUGGAUUUUACCCUAAGUCCUUAAAACAGGUGAUACUUGUGCCAGUGCAGGGAAAGAAGAACCAUGGCCACACAAAUACUUCCCUACAGCACCCGUGUUCAGCUGGAUGAGAACCUAGGAAAGAUGCAGCAGGGGACAAUGAUGCGCAAGGUGAAGUCCAAGAACUGGAAGAAACAACGCUACUACAUGUUGCAGGAUGACUGCAUGACUGUCUGGUACAAAUCAAAGAUGUCCGGCAAAGCCAAAUCUGCCUUCUCGGUGAGUGAUGUGGAGACUGUGCGUGAGGGACACCAGUCAGAGGUGCUGCAGAGCCUAGCAGAGGAGUUCCCACCUGAGUGCUGUUUCACCGUUGUCUUCUAUGGGCGCCGUAGUAACCUGGACCUAAUUGCUGGCUCAGCUGAAGAAGCUCAGUGUUGGAUCCAAGGCUUGCGGCGUCUUGUGGAGGUUGUCACUAACAUGGAUCAGAGGGAGAAAAUAGAUCAAUGGAUUUGUGACUGGUUCCAGAAAGCAGAUAAGAACAAGGAUGGGCGCAUGAACUUCAAGGAAGUGCAACACUUGCUUAGGAUGAUGAACGUGGAUAUGAACGAGUAUCACGCCUUGCGACUCUUCCAGAUGGCUGACAAAUCCGAAACAGGGACACUAGAAGGGGAGGAGUUUGUGCUCUUCUACAAAGCGCUGACUCAGCGGGAUGAGGUGCUGGAGCUCUUCCAGGAGUACUCAGAGGAUGGCAAGAAACUGACACUGCUGGAAUUUGUGGACUUCCUGCUGCAGGAGCAGAUGGAGGGAGAGGAUGUCGAUGAGCUGGCCAUGGAGCUGAUCGACCGAUACGAGCCGUCUGAAACAGCGAAGGCGCGCCACUCCCUGAGCAUUGAUGGCUUCCUCAUGUACCUGUGCUCACCAGAUGGCUCCAUCUUCAACCCUGAGCACAAGAAGAUCUUCCAGGACAUGUCGCAGCCCCUCUGCCAUUAUUUUAUCUCCUCCUCCCACAACACAUAUCUGAUGGAGGACCAGCUGCGAGGACAGAGCAGCGUUGAGGGAUAUAUCAGGGCUCUGAAGCGGGGCUGCCGCUGCCUUGAAGUAGACUGUUGGGAUGGGCCUAAUGGAGAGCCCAUCGUCUACCAUGGUCACACCUUCACAUCCAAGAUUCUCUUCCGGGAAGUAGUGACAACCCUUGAGAAAUAUGCCUUCCGGGUUUCUGACUACCCCAUCAUCCUGUCCAUUGAGAACCACUGCAGCAGAGAGCAACAAGAUAUCAUGGCACAACAGCUGAAAGGAAUUCUGGGAGAGAAGCUGCUCACCACCACCAUUGAUGGGCGUGUCCCCAUGCAAUUGCCUUCACCUGAGGAACUGAAGGGCAAAAUCAUUCUGAAGGGGAAGAAGGUUGGGUAUCUGGAGGAUUCUCUGAAUGGGCAUCCAGACGAAGUGUCUGAGUGGGAAGAUGUGGAGGAGGAGGAAGAGGAGGGACCAGAGGCAGAGGAGGAAGCCCUGCGCAAUGAAGAGAAAAGGAAAGAGAAGAAAGCCAAGCAGUCCCUUUCCAUGGAGCUUUCUGACUGCAUUAUCUACUGCAAGAGUGUGCCCUUCUGCAGCUUCCAGCACUCUCGUAGCCACUACAAGCCCUAUGAGAUGUCCUCCUUUGCCGAAUCCAAGACUCGCAAGCUCAUCCGAGAGGCUGGGAAUGACUUUGUCCGCCAUAAUGCCUGGCAACUGACACGGAUCUUCCCCAGUGGGCUGCGGACUGACUCGUCCAAUUUCAACCCUCAGGCGAUGUGGAAUGUGGGGUGCCAGAUGGUGGCCUUGAAUUUCCAGACAGCUGGUACAGAGAUGGACUUGUAUGAUGGACUCUUCAGUCAAAAUGGCUGCUGUGGCUAUGUAUUGAAGCCGAGCUUCAUGAGGGACACAGAGACAGCCUUCAGCCCUGAGAACCCCCAAAGCAGGGGUGAUGGGAGCCCCCUGAGCUUCGCCAUUAAGAUCAUCAGUGGGCAGCAGCUUCCAAAGAUACCCAACAGCAAAGAAGGCUCCAUCGUGGAUCCAUUGGUGCGAGUUGAGAUUCAUGGGAUCCCUGCUGACAGUGCCAAGCAGGAAACCAAAUACAUUGAAAAUAAUGGUUUUAACCCGCAGUGGGGUGAGACCCUUCACUUUGUAGUGUAUGUACCAGAACUGGCACUUUUGCGUUUUGUAGUGGAGGAUUAUGACAAGACAUCAAGGAAUGACUUUGUGGGGCAAUACACACUGCCGCUUACCAGUGUCAAAUCAGGAUACCGCCACAUCUACCUUCUUUCCAAAGAUGGCACAGGGAUCCCCCCAGCGUCCCUUUUUGUUCACAUCCACACCAUGGAGUCGACAACUGAAAUUGACUAGACGAUGAUCCCACCGCCACGCCUUAGAAUGCAACUCCUCCCUCUCCUUACCAUUUAGUUUGGAGAAUGUGGAUGAGCAAAAGAGACAAAAAUCUUAUGGAAGGAUGCCAUAACACUCCAUCUGCCUGUUCCCGUGUAGGACUGGACUGGACAGAACUGGCUACUUUGAACUACUAUAUUUAUUUUUUAAAACAAUUUUAUAUCGUUUUGCUGCUAUUUUAUUUUUUAAAAAAGUAUUGUGAUUUGCACAGAUUCCAGUAGGUCCUUGAAGAAGCCAUCAACCAAGUCAAAGUCUGUCCACUCAUACGGCUCAGUUAAACAAUCUACCUCUGCUGUACACCGAGGAGAGGCUGCUACACCUGCAAAAGGAACUUGCUGCCCAUCAGUACAUGUUGCCCAUCAGUAGAUGUCUUUCCAAAUCACACAUUUUUGUGUCUUCUAGUUCAACCCUCCGUAUCGAAGUGUGGAGGUAGGAUCUGCCUGAGCGCUUUUCAGAUUACACCCUGCAACAGGGUCAUGACAAAUCUCUGAAGUGUGCUUCCACACUUCCUGUGUUGUGACACCGCAGUCCCUACACUGACAGCAAGGUGCCGUUCAUGUUUCCAAUGCCUUGUUUCGAAUUUAAUUGCUGCGAUAUAGUGUUAUGACAUUGUAUAUCUGGCGUAAAAAAGUUGAUGUUUUUUCAGGUUGUUAGUUUUCACAAGACUGCUCCCCCUACUGUUUAUGUUUUGAAAGCCAUUUGCCUGAAUGAAAGCAUUUUGCUGCUGUUGAGCAGCUAACUUGGAAAGUGCCCUGGCUACAGUCUCUAAAGCAGGAUCAAAUAAUCAAGCUUUGCUGGAAAUAACUACAGGUGCUUCUACACACUACAGAUUUAUUGUGGAAUUGCCACCAUUUGUUUACUCAUUUUUGUUACAGGAACUCAUCAUCAUCAAACCACUGUUCUUCUAUGUUUUUCCUGCGCGUCAUCUGUCUUUUCAGAUUACAGAAAACUUGACCUUUUCAGUAGUGUAAUAUCCACAGAUACACAUCACCUUGGUGUUACUCUUCCAUCUUUCAGGGCCAUGGUUUUUAGGCAUGUAAUGAUGAGCCAAUGGCCAUGCAUCUGCACUUCAGUACACCUCAUUAUUACUUUUCCCAGUGAAUAGCAUUUUAGGACUGUUUGGUGUUUUUUUUAAAAGGAGACUUUUAAUUUGCACUAAAAUACUUUUUUGGGGUCUAUGUUAAAAAAGCAAAAUCUGGUGCAAUAGUACUUAACUGAAGAAGUGUUUUAAUGUGGAUUAAAAGUGAACAUGUUGCUAAAACAGUGAGCUGGGAUGCAUUGCUCUCACCACGCAUGACUAUAUCACACUCACUAAUAUGGAUGGAACACUGCAUGUCCCUCUAACAACAACAAAAAUGCUAUAUUCUCUUCCACCCACUGUGAAAAGUCAACUGCAAUUUCAUCUGUACUUCCUUCAGAAGAAACAUGACUGGAUAUUACUAAAAUGUGCUGACCUAAAAGCAUCCUACAGCUGGUAAUACAAGGGGUCUAUCAAUUGCAGCUCUUGUAGCAACCUCUUGUUCUUCUAAGAAUUAGUCCUACCUCCCAUUCAGAGAAAAGAGGUAGGGAGAUGUGAAGUGCUUUGUCAGAUCUUUUUCCUGACAAAUUUGUCUCAAAUCUCUCCUAUAAGCUAUAACCAUCACCCAGUUAGUUGCUAAGAGCGAGUUUUGCAUAUGCAUGUUCAUCUCUUAAUGCUCAAGGAUGAUGUACAGGUGUAAAACAGGCAUUGUACAUCAAAAGCCAUACAUGAAGUUGCUAACAAUACUUCCUAAGGGACGUAGUUCACACCUUUAGCUGGAAGUCACGAAGUGAUAUGCAAUGCAUGCUUGUGCAGAUCGGACCUCAAGCAAGGAAUAGCAGGGACAAUUGCCAUAAAAUGCUUGAACUAUCUUCAGGAUGGAAGGGCUACUAAAUCCCUUCCUCUGCUCUAUGGACUGGUUUUCUUUCAAGCAGCUGAUAGCUGAUAAGCUCUGGCAGCAGCCUAACUAUUACUUUUUUAAAUCAAAGAUGUAAGCUAGACCUAAGUUAGCCUUUGAGUCAAGUAGGAAUUGCUACUCUCAUAGCUAAGAUGUAUAUAGAUGUACUUAUAGGAACAUAGGAAGCUGCCAUAUACUGAGUCAGACCUUUGGUCUAUCUAGCUCAGUAUUGUCUAUGUCUACACAGACUGGCAGUGGCUUCUCCAAGGUUGCAGGCAAGAAUCUCUCUCAGCCCUGUCUUGGAGAUGCCAGAGAGGGAACUUGGAACCUAGAUGCUCUUCCCAGAGCGGCUCCAUGCCCUCAGAUCUUACAGUGUUCACAUGUAGUCUCCCAUUCAAAUGCAACCAGGGUGGACUCUGCUUAGCUAAGGAGACAAUUCAUGCUUGCUACCACAAGACCAGCUCCCCUCUUCAUGUCUUUCUAUAUGCAACACUAAUAAUAUUUACAUAAUGAAUGCAAAUCCUUCCACAGUAUGAAUACAUUGGCAUUUUACAAGCCUCCAUGAACCAACAUUGCUCCUUUUUCUGGCUGCAUUUAAGAUGCUUUCCAUAGUUUGGCCAGCUUAAUUUUGUACACUUACAGAAGCUUGCCCAUUUCCUUGCCCCUAGAGACCAGUUACUCGUAUGUAGCCUGAACUCAUUGUAGUUAAGUCUUGCUGCUUUUAGUCUCUGGUUGACCUAUUUGAGUUUUUUAAAAAUGAAACAAAUAGGACUUUUCACACAGGAGCCAGGGGUAGGUGAGUGGUAAACUUCUGCAGAAUAGAAUGUUAACUGGGUGACGGAGGCAGCUGGAAAGACGGAGUUGCAGAGACAGGACCCAGGGCUAAACCUAUUAUUCCAAUCCUCUUCCUGCACCUCCCAUCCCCCAAAUACUGUCGUCGUCAACCAAUAUGUUGGGGGCACUCAGUCUUUGGGGGCAGUUUGCCCUGCCUAUGUACCCUGGGUGAAAAUGAUAGGGGCUGCAUUUACACGUAACGCUGCCAGAACCUUAAGCUGAGGCUGAAUGGUGCCUUGUAGAUAUUGUACUGAGCCGCCUGAAAUCUAACUUAAGUAAAAACAGCACUGUAGCCAUGAAGGAUGCUGUAAAGUGACCCCAAAUCUGAUUACACUAUAUACCUGCACCUUGGCAUCUUUACAGAUGCAAUGUAUACAGUAAUGUGGAAUGCCAUUAUUUUCUAAAUACUGUCUCCUUUGUAAAGGACUGAGACCCUAGCAAACCCAGUCUGUUUAUCUAAAUAAUAAUAAAGCUAUUUAUAAAAUGAUGGAGCAAUCUACCUCCA